CCAAAAAAAAUCAAAAUUCGUUUUUCCUUUUCAAAACUCACAAAAGUUGGUUUUUUGGUUUUUUUUCAUAAAUUGGUUAAAUUUUUCAAAAACUAGUUUCCCUAAAUUUUAGGAAAUUUAUUUCUUAGAUCUCUUGAUUGGCAAAUCAAAUGGUUUCUACAAAAACUAAAACUUGAUUGGAUGAAAAAUGGUUUUUGCAAAAACAAAAGCCAAAAACUAAAGCAAAAACCACAAACAAUCAAUCUCAUAGUUAAAAAUGGUAAAAAUGUGGUCAAAAAAUUUUAACCACUUUUUGACUAUAUUUUCGGUCAAAAUAUUCUAACCAUUUUCUGACCAAUUAUUUUUUUUGACAAAAAAAAGAGUUAAACCCGGGUCUAUUAAAGACACAGACCUAACCCCCGGAUGGGAGGUGCAACCCACGGAUGGAUCCUCUCCCGGGUAUUCAAAUGGGCCGUAAGCAUGGGCCCAUAUCUGCGUGGCCACAUGUGGAGCUAAUAAUUUCGCACUAGAGGGGAGUCGAUCCCUGGCCUGGAAAUGUAGUCAAAAUGUGAUAGCUUUUUUAAUAUACGUUCUGGUUAAAUAUUCCGACCACUUUCUAACCAGUUUUUCGUAUUCGUAGUCAAAAUAUUGUCAUAAUUAUUUUUGACAUUUUUGUUGGUUAGAAAUAUGGCCAAAUGUGAUAUGUUUUUUCUGUGCUACUGUUCCAAUUCAAACAAUCUAUUGUAAGACGACCGUUUGUAAAACUGAAUGACACUUACACAAUCUCUACAACAAGAUUCUCUUUCAUGCAUAUAUAUAUCAUCAUGACGCAAAUAUAAAUAUAAAGAUAACAUUUAGGAAAAGAAGGGCAAUGUUAGGAAGGUAAACCCCACUUCGAGCAAGACUGCUUCGUAGGUUUAACAUGUGAUACAUGCAGCAAAAACACACAUUAGGAAGUCGCACUCCACCGAUUUUUCUCCGUUUGAAAGAUACAUGUGUUCGUGUUAAAAAAAAAAGAUACAUGGGUUUUCAAAAAAGCUAAUCCAUUGAAGGUCCAUUAUCUAAUUGAAGCCCAUGUUACUUAGAGGUUAGUAAACUUGGCGGCAAAGUAAGAACUGAGGAACGUGGGUAACCAUGGAACUUGCUUUACCCGCCAAAGUCGCCGUCUUUUACCAAGUCCACAAGAGGGACUUUUUUUUUUGAAACAACAGAGGGACUUUUUCAAUUAUUAGUAGUUUUUGAGAAACAAAAAUUAAUUAUAAUUAUUAGACAUUAGUAGCUUCCAAAUACUUAAAAUGAAGGAUUAGAAAAUAAACUAGAGGCUGCAGUUACUGAGCGACGAGUAACCGUAAGAAGAGUAAAUAUAUGGUGAUUAAUUAAUUACUAUUCCAAAUUAAUUCAUAGGUAAUAAUUAAAUAGUAGCCAAUAAAUAACUUUUAAGUGACGGUUACUCAGUUGCACAAAAAAAAAAAAAGUGACGGUUACUCUUAUAUUAUAGAGGCUCAAUAUUCGUACAUCCUAAAAACUGACAAUCAACUCUUUUUCUUUUUUUUGAAAAGGCAGUCACCAUUAAUUUUGACUUUUAUAAUAAAAAAGUUCUCCUGCCAAAUUCUGUAGUAAAUAUAUACACUGCUUUGACCAAAAAAAAAAAUAUAUAUACACUGCAUGUUUAGUCAAAAAAAUAAAAUACACUUCAUAUUGAUGUAUUUAUGUAAAUGUAUUAUUAACUUUCCAAAUGUCAAAAUCUUCAUACAGCUGUUUUACACUUAUUUACACGUCCGCCAAUCACCGAAUUAAAAAUAUUUUUAUUAAAAUAAUUGAAACAUGCCCUAAUAAUUAGGAAGGUUGUUACCAAAAAAAAAAAAUCUAAAACCCAGAGUAACCGCUCCUUCAUUCGCGCUCUAAAACCCUAUAACCUUUUUCUCUCUUUCAUAUAUAUGCCUACGAAACAGUUGCCGAGUAAACAACUUACAAAGUACACUUGAAUCAAAACAUAAGACACGACAUUAUCCUCUGAAAUCAGUCUCCAGGUCUUUGAUUCUCUCUAUAUAUCCUCUAUUGUCUUUAAUUUAUUUUUGUCUAAUAUGUUUUUAUAGUAAGUGUUAGCUCGUUAAUAGUUAUUAAAGCUAUUUAAGCUUAAUAAUCAUCUAUUAAAACACUUCGUAACUCCUUCUGAUUGCUCCACCUUCUUCUUUCCAACAGGUUUCAUAUUCUCAAUGUCCUCCACGGAUUGUUUAAGCCACUUCUUUAAUUGGGAUCCUCCUAUCCAGCUCCGGGAUUGCUUUAUUCCAGAUAUGGAUAUGAUUACCCCGGAAACCGACAGUUUAUUCUUCCAAUCUCAACCGCCAAUGCAGUUUCAUCAGCCAUUGUUUCAAGAAGAAGCUCCUUCACAGAACCUUAUAGAGCUCACUGACUUGGACUCUUUCUGUGAUCAGUUUCUUCCUCUCCAAGAAACAUAUCUUCCCUACCCUAAAGCUGAAAUCUUCGAUGAAACAUACAACUUUGAUUCCUUCCUUCCCACGCCAAAACGCCAGAAAAUUGUUAACUCAAGCUACCACUGUAACACUCACACCCAUUUCCCAAACUCUAACCUUGAUUUCCUUCCAGAAGCUUCCGUCUUCCCUGAGUUUCGAGUUCCGGACUUCCCCUUGGUGUUCAAGGCAGGUCUAGGAGAUCAAGACGGGGCCAAGAAACCAAAGCUUUCAUCUCAGAGCAUGGCGGCUCGAGAGAGGAGAAGAAGAAUCGCUGAGAAGACCCACGAGCUCACGAAACUAAUCCCCGGUGGACAGAAACUUAACACCGCCGAGAUGUUCCAAGCCGCGGCGAAGUAUGUCAAGUUCUUGCAAAGCCAAGUUGGCAUCCUCCAAAUGAUGCAAACCACAAAGAAGGCAAUAACCAGCCUCCAAAAACAACACUACAAAUUAAUUGAAACCCUAAUCGUGUUGUCUGACGAGGUGGUUGUUAAUUUGCAGACGCAGGGUAUCACUGAUGUGGAAAUAGAAACUCAGUUUUUGCUUGAGUCGCAAGCAGUCCAGGAGAAGCUAUCAACGAAGGAAUUAUGUUUAGUUCCGAGUGAAAUGGUUCGAGAUCUAACAAGUGAAGAAUCCAUUUGGAGAAACCCAAAGAUUUCUCGAGAGAUCAACAAGUUACUGUCCACAGAUCUGGCUAACUAGUUUUAGUUCUAAGCAUGAAGCUUUGAUUUGUGUCUGUUCUUGCUUGUUUGUGUUCUUAGUUUGUGUUUUGUAUUGUUGAUUAGUGGCUAAUUCUGUUAACUGGGAACUAAUACUUUGUGCGUAUUAGUCUCAUGUAUUGUAUUAGCAACCGUAUCUAGUUGUCGUAUUAGCUAUCAUUUGACAUUUUAAAAGGCUAGCUAAUAUAUGUCCACAUGUUGAAACUUUUACUUUUUAACAAAAUAACAAUUCUAGGGCUUUUUUUUUUCUUUUUUACUUUGUGGGUCUUACCAAUUUAAAGCCCAAAAAUCAGAUUAAACAAAUUCUCUAAUCCGACAGGGGUAGUUGCGCGAAUAAUGCCUUGAUAAUAGGGAUUCUUUAGCUUAAUAUAGUACUAGUAUUUUUAUUUACCUUGGCUUUAACUACCGUAAAUAGAAAAGAAAAAACAUUUUGGAAUUUUAUGAGUUACGGUUUACUCGCAUAAACAACAUCAACAUUCAGCAUCACUUUGAAAAAACUCAUGCGACGUAUGUAUUUAUAGUUCGGUUAUUUAAAACAAGAAAAUUAUAUAAUAAAAUUAGUAUUUAUGUUAUUGAAUAUUUUCAUUUUGAGUUUCUUAAACCGAUGAAAAUGCUCUUAUCAAACCAGUCUCAAACUUAAACCACUAAAAACUGACUUGUUACUUUAUACGAAAAAAUGUUUAAGCCAGUGGCGGAGCUGGUGCUUUGUGAGGGUGGUCAGUGACCCACAUGGAUUUUCAUAAAAAAAACAAGUUUUACUUGUAUUUUGAAAAGAAAACAACUGAUAAAUGUUACUAAUUUAACACAUUGACCCAUAUAA